GCGUCCCCACGCCAGGGUGGCGGGGGCGAUGCGCCUGCGCUGUGCAAGUUCAUACCAUAUGUGCCGUGUCCCGUGUUCGGGUCUGUGGUGAGCCGGGUCCGAGAAGCGGCGGCGGCGGCGGAAGGACAGAGAGCCGGACCAGCUGGGGGGCUGUGGGUCAGUAAGGGGCUGAGCGAAGGUACUGGAGUCGCGAAAGCCAUUGUCACGGGAUGGGGAAGAAGCAGAAGAACAAGAAUGAGGACAGUGCCAAGGAUGAUAUUGAUCUUGAAGCCUUGGCUGCAGAAAUAGAGGGAGCUGGUGCUGCCAAGGAACAAGAACCUCAGAAGUCAAAGGGUAAAAAGAAAAAGGAUAAGAAGAAACAAGAUUUUGAUGAGGAUGAUAUCAUGAAAGAGCUUGAAGAGUUGUCUUUAGAAGCACAGGGAGUCAAGAUUGACCGAGAAACUACUGCAGUAAAGGCAGCAGAAAACAAUGAAGAAUUCAGUGCUUCUAAGCAAGAAAGAAAAAAGAAAGGGCAGAAGGGCAAAAAACAAAGUUUGGAUGAUGAUAGUGAAGAAGCAGAGGAGAAAGAGUCAAAAUCAAGAAAGACCUCCAGAACAAAAAUAGAACCGCUUUCUGGAAGUGAAGAUGAUAAUUUUGAUAAACUUUCUAAGAAAGAUAAAGGAAAAACUCAGAAAUCAAAUAAAAAAGCAGAUGGUUCAGAAGAGGAUGAAGAGAAUAUUAAAAAAGGUAAAGCCUGGACCAGAGCAGAUUCAUCAUGUGGGAGUGGUGAUGACUCUGAUGAUUUCUCUCAGUCUAGAAAAGCACAGAAAAGGAAUCAAAAAACCAAAUCAGCUCUUCAUGUUGAAAGUGGGAAUGAAGAUGAUGACUCUUCUUUCAAAAUAAAAACAGUGGCACAAAAGAAAGCAGAAAAAAAAGAGCGAGAACGAAAAAAGAGAGAUGAAGAAAAGGCAAAAUUGAGAAAAUUGAAAGAAAAAGAAGAGUCUGAAAGUGGUAAAAAAGAACAAACAAAGCAGAAAGAAACUCAGAAGAAACCAGAGGAAGAUGCUUUAAAAUCCAGAGUGGAUCUUGAUGCUAGAGCAGCUCCUACCUCAGAAGAAAAGGGAGAUACUCUCACAACUACAGAAGCUGAUGAUAAUGAAAGUGACAAAAAGAAGAAAGAUAAGAAAAAAAAGAAAGGAGAAAAGGAGGAGAAAGAAAAGAAAAAAGGUCCUAGCAAAGCCACUGUUAAAGCUAUGCAGGAAGCCCUUGCUAAGCUUAAAGAAGAAGAAGAAAGACAGAAGAGAGAAGAGGAGGAACGCAUCCGACGACUUGAAGAGUUAGAAGCCAAGCGUAAGGAAGAGGAACGAUUAGAGCAAGAAAAGAGAGAAAGAAGGAAGCAAAAAGAAAAAGAAAGAAAAGAACGAUUGAAAAAGGAAGGCAAGCUUUUAACGAAAUCCCAGAGAGAAGCCAGAGCUAGAGCUGAGGCUACUCUUAAACUUCUCCAAGCUCAGGGUGUUGAAGUGCCAUCUAAAGAUUCUUUGCCAAAGAAGAGGCCAAUAUAUGAAGAUAAAAAGAGGAAAAAACCACAGCCACAACAAGAAAAUAAAGAAGAAACAAUAGAUGUGAGUGUUCCAGUAGAAGUUACAGAACAAGCUAUUCCAGAAAAAGAAGAGUCCCUGCCUCUUGUGGAACCAGAAGAAGAAGAAGAAGAAAGUGAAGAUACUGGGUUGGAUGAUUGGGAAGCAAUGGCUAGUGAUGAAGAAAGAGAGAAAGAAAGAAACACUGUGCAUAUUGAAGUAAAAGAAAACCCUGAAGAAGAAGAGGAAGAGGAGGAAGAAGAAGAGGAAGAGGAGGAGGAAGAGAGUGAGGAUGAGGAAGAUGAAGGAGAAAGUGGUGGAAGUGAAGGUGAUGAUGAAGAAGAAAAGGUUUCAGAUGAAAAAGAUACUGGCAAGCCAUCAAUAGACAAAAAACAAAGUAAAGAACUCAGCUCUGAGUCUGAAUAUGACUCAGAUGAUGACCGAACUAAAGAAGAGCGGGCCUAUGAUAAAGCAAAGAGGAGAAUUGAGAAACGGAGACUUGAAAAUAGCAAAAAUGUAAAUACAGAAAAAUUAAGAGCCCCUGUUAUCUGUGUACUAGGACAUGUAGAUACAGGAAAGACUAAAAUUUUAGAUAAGCUCCGUCAUACUCAUGUACAAGAUGGUGAAGCAGGUGGUAUUACUCAGCAAAUAGGAGCCACUAAUGUUCCCCUUGAAGCUAUUAAUGAACAGACAAAGAUGGUGAAGAACUUUGACAGAGAGAACAUAAAGAUUCCUGGGAUGCUUAUAAUUGAUACACCAGGCCACGAAUCUUUCAGUAAUCUUAGGAACAGAGGGAGCUCACUUUGUGAUAUUGCCAUUUUAGUUGUUGAUAUCAUGCAUGGUUUGGAGCCACAGACAAUUGAAUCUAUCAACCUACUGAAAUCUAAAAAAUGUCCCUUCAUUGUAGCACUCAAUAAGAUUGAUCGAUUGUAUGACUGGAAAAAGAGCCCAGAUUCGGAUGUGGCGGCAACUUUAAAAAAGCAGAAGAAGAACACCAAGGAUGAGUUUGAGGAGCGGGCAAAGGCCAUCAUUGUGGAGUUUGCACAGCAGGGCCUGAAUGCUGCUUUGUUCUAUGAGAAUAAGGAUCCUCGUACUUUUGUUUCCUUGGUUCCUACCUCGGCUCAUACUGGAGAUGGCAUGGGAAGUCUGAUUGCACUUCUUGUUGAAUUAACUCAGACUAUGCUGAGCAAGAGACUGGCACAGUGUGAGGAACUGAGAGCUCAGGUUAUGGAGGUUAAAGCACUUCCUGGCAUGGGUACCACAAUAGAUGUAAUAUUGAUAAAUGGGCGUCUAAAGGAAGGAGAUACAAUUAUUGUUCCUGGAGUGGAAGGUCCUAUUGUAACCCAGAUUAGAGGUCUUCUGUUACCUCCUCCCAUGAAGGAACUGCGAGUGAAGAACCAAUAUGAGAAACAUAAAGAAGUAGAAGCUGCUCAAGGUGUAAAGAUUCUUGGAAAAGACUUGGAGAAAACAUUAGCGGGUUUGCCACUGCUAGUGGCUCAUAAAGAGGAUGAAGUCCCAGUUCUCAAAGAUGAGCUGAUUCAUGAAUUAAAACAAACAUUAAAUGCUAUCAAAUUAGAAGAAAAAGGUGUCUAUGUGCAGGCUUCCACGUUGGGCUCUUUAGAGGCAUUACUUGAAUUUUUAAAAACUUCAGAAGUGCCAUAUGCUGGAAUUAACAUAGGCCCUGUUCAUAAAAAAGAUGUUAUGAAGGCUUCAGUGAUGUUGGAACAUGAUCCUCAAUAUGCAGUAAUUUUGGCUUUUGAUGUGAGGAUUGAACGUGAUGCUCAGGAAAUGGCUGAUAGUUUAGGAGUCCGGAUUUUUAGUGCAGAAAUUAUUUACCAUUUGUUUGAUGCUUUUACGAAAUAUAGGCAAGACUAUAAGAAACAGAAGCAAGAAGAAUUCAAACAUAUUGCAGUGUUUCCCUGUAAAAUGAAAAUACUCCCCCAAUUUAUUUUCAAUUCACGAGAUCCAAUAGUGAUGGGUGUAAUUGUUGAAGCAGGUCAAGUGAAACAAGGCACGCCCAUGUGUGUACCUAGUAAAAAUUUUGUUGAGAUUGGAAUAGUUACAAGUAUUGAAGUAAACCAUAAACAAGUAGAUAUUGCAAAAAAGGGCCAAGAAGUCUGUGUCAAAAUAGAGCCUAUUCCUGGAGAAUCUCCCAAAAUGUAUGGAAGACAUUUUGAAGCUACAGACAUUCUUGUUAGCAAGAUCAGUCGACAGUCCAUUGAUGCAUUGAAGGAUUGGUUCAGAGAUGAAAUGCAGAAGAGUGACUGGCAACUUAUUGUGGAGCUGAAGAAAGUAUUUGAAAUCAUCUAAUUUUUCCACAGUGGGCAGGAAAAGUAGUAAACUUACUAUUCUGUUGUAUUGUCACCAAGAAAACCAAGCAAAAACAAAAAACAAUUGAGAAACAAUGUGUUGGACUUCGAUGGACUUAAGUUUGGAAGGAAAAAAUAGGUGGAUAAAAUGUUUUCCAUGAGAAACCAAGAAACUUACACUGGUUUGACAGUGGUCAAUUUACAUGUCCCCACACUUCCAAUGUGCCUGUUCACCUGUCCCACUACCUUUCCCUUCCCUUCUUUACUGGCUACUGUUUAAAGUUUGCCCUAUCCCAAAUUUGAAUUUUUAUUACAGAACUAAAGCUCUUUCAAUUUUAUACUGAUUAAAUCAGUACUGCAGUAUUUGAUUAACCAAGCUUCUGCAGACUUUGUGAUUCUUGGACUUUUUUGAUGUAAGAAAUACUUCUUUAUUUAUGCAUAUUCUUUCCUCGGUGAUUUUCCAGCAUUCUGCUUUGUGCCUAUAGAAAUUUUUUAAAAUAGAAAAUUAGGUAAUAUGAUAUUUCUGUAUUUGCUUUGUGUGAAACAAUGAUGUAAAGCAUAGCUGGCUGCCUUUUAUUGCUUGUACAGUCCAUGGAAGUCAACAUAAACUGUAAUUAUUACAAUACAGAGCCACAAAUAAAGGGAAUGGACAUUGACCGUCAAAUUCUGUUAGGCUUCAAUGUCAGCACAGACUAUUCUUGCUUCAAAGUUGGUAUUAGUUGUCAUCUUCUCACUGCAAGUAUCCCUCUAAGGACAAAGGCUCAUAGAUGACACUGCGAUACCUUGUACUAGCAUCAGCAAGUUUCUUAAAAUCUAGCAGCAGUCAUUUUUAUACAGAGAUUUUCUUUAACAUAUUUUUCCUGUAUUGUGCAUUUUGUUUUUCAGAAAUUAGAGUAUAUUGUAGACAUGUUCCCCCAGCAAGACAGACAUAGGAUCAGAGUGAGUUCAGACAGGAACUCUUUAUUUUUUCAGCAUGUUGAUUAUCAUUGAUCCAUUUUUGGAUCAGUUGGCAAAAGUAUCAGAGAAAUGGAGUCCAGGUGCAUAUUGGACAUUUGGACCAUGCAGAUCUAACACUUCUGAACUACUAUUAUAUUAAACAAGCUGUUUUAAGCUGCUGCCUUGGAAGGUAGAGUUUUUCCUAAAUGAGGAUUACGAUUGGAGUAAUUUGGCCAGAGCUAUUUUGUUUUUGUAGCACGUGUGAGAGAGGGGCCACUCUGCUCAAAUCUGUGUUGUGAUUUAUGUUGAGACAGGUUGGAUCCAGUGUGUGAAGGGGCAGUCUGAAGGCUGAAUAAGAUGGGUGAUAAUGUUUUCUUAUUGUCAAGUGUGAUAUAUGCUUGAACACAAUUAUGCCACAAAUAAGCUCUUCAUAGAUUAGAAUCAACAAAAAUCCCCAAAAGGGGGGGGAACCCCAUUACCAUUGUUUCUGAUCGUAAACCGUUUUUGGAUUAUAGGAUGUUUUUGAAUUCAGUUAUAUGGAUAUUUAUUUUUGCACAGACAAU